AUGCGCGUCGCCCUUCCACUCGCUGCGGCUCUCCCCGCGCUCGUCGCCGCGCACAACGCCGCGACGCCCACGAUACUGGGCGGGUGGCACGCGGCUGAAGUGACGGACGUCCACACGCAGCUGCUGGACAACGCGCUGCGCGGCAGCAGCUACGCGAUCAAAGUGGGCGCCACGCGCGUGUGCUACGCCGACGUCCUGUCGCUCGAGACGCAGGUCGUCUCGGGCACCAACUACCGCUUCCACAUUAGGGGCUGCGGCGUCACGAGUUCGGACGGCGAGUGCUCUACGACGACGCUGUCCACUUGUGCACCGUCCGAGUUCCUCGUGGAGGUCUACGAGGAGCCGUGGACCGAGACGCUGAGGGUCACGGGCAUUCAGCCGUGGGACGAAGAAGACGGGACGAGCGACGGCGAGGCGGAGGACAGCGACUUGAAGCCGACCGGCCCGAUGGACGCAGUGGUGGGGACGCUCGAAACGAGGACAGUGGUGUCGUUUGACGAGGGCGAGAAAGCAGCAGUGGCCGCGUGGAUCACAGCGGAGAAGCUGAACGAGUAUGGUGACAAGCCGACGACUGUCUACACGGGCGGCACGCCGCUGUUUGACGAGAGCACUGGCACGACGAGGAACGUGUACGACUACAUCUUGAGCCGUCACCCGGACCGCCCGUGGCAGUCACGAGCAGCAACGACCACGUCGUUUGCAGCGACGAAGGCUGGUGAGGAUGCGACACUUGUGCAGGGAUCGGUUGCUGCGGUGCUGAGUGUCCUGAUUGUGGUGCUGCUGGUUGGCGUGGCCGUUGUCAAGGUGCGCCGCGAAAGGCGUGACCGCUUUCCGUACGACCCCAUCCACAGCCGCUAG